UAGUGUCAAUACUCAAUACUACUCUCCACCUUUCUUCUCCUUCUUCUCACACAAUGGCUUUUACCUCAUGCUUGGCUAUCACUCUUCUGGUCUCUGCCCUCAACCUCUGCAUCAGAGGCACCUUUGCUGACUACGGAGGCGGUUGGGUUGGUGGCCAUGCCACUUUUUAUGGAGGUGGUGAUGCAUCCGGCACAAUGGGAGGUGCUUGUGGAUAUGGAAACUUGUACAGCCAAGGUUAUGGAACCAACACUGCAGCACUGAGCACAGCUCUGUUCAACAACGGCUUGAGCUGCGGGUCUUGUUACGAAAUGCGAUGUGACAAUGACCCUAAGUGGUGCCUUCCCGGAAGCAUCAUCGUCACCGCCACCAACUUCUGCCCUCCCAACCUUGCUCAGUCCAAUGACAAUGGUGGCUGGUGCAACCCUCCCCUCCAGCACUUCGAUUUGGCUGAGCCUGCCUUCUUGCAAAUUGCUCAGUACCGCGCCGGCAUCGUCCCUGUCUCAUUCAGAAGGGUUGCUUGUGUGAAAAAGGGAGGAAUAAGAUUCACAAUCAAUGGACACUCCUACUUCAACUUGGUUUUGAUCACCAACGUUGGAGGAGCAGGAGAUGUGCACUCGGUUUCGAUCAAGGGCUCAAAGACUGGUUGGCAAUCCAUGUCAAGGAACUGGGGGCAGAACUGGCAGAGCAACAACUACCUCAACGGACAGGCCCUAUCUUUUCAGGUCACAACCAGCGACGGUAGGACUGUGACAGCCAACAACGUUGCCCCUGGUAACUGGCAGUUUGGUCAAACAUUUUCCGGCGGUCAAUUCUAGAGUUUUACCAAGUUACCAUUUGGGUCUCUAAAGCAAAAAUGAUGGAUUGUAUGUGAUAAUGUGAUUGGGAAAGGGGAGGAUGAGGUUUCUCAGGGUAGAUUAGGGAGAGGCAACGCCACAGUGGGCGUCUAUUGCUGAGGUGGCUCAUUGGCACCCGCUAGUUAGGCCUAUAUAAUGGUAUAAAAUAUAUAUAGUGGAAAUUGUGAGUUUAUGGUUUUCUAGAGACAGCAAUUUUCCAUUUGAUGAUGCAUUUUGCUUGAAGCAAGGAAAUGCGAUUAGUAUAUUUGAAGGAUUGUUAACCCAGUUUUGGGGCAGCUCUUUUGUUCUGUCACCUUAAUCAAAUACUUGGUUGAUUUCUCAGUAA